AUGAAUGGCACAGAGGGCCCCGAUUUCUACAUCCCAAUGUCCAACGCGACCGGGGUAGUGAGGAGCCCUCAUGAGUACCCGCAGUACUACCUGGCUGAGCCGUGGGUGUUCACCUUCCUCACCAUCUACAUGUUCUUCCUUAUCCUUAUUGGUAUUCCUAUCAACAGCUUCACACUCUGCGUCACGGUCAUGCACAAGAACCUGCGCACGCCAAUCUACUACAUGCUGGUGAACAUGGUCAUGGCUGACCUUCUUGUAAUCCUGGUCAGCUUUCCUUUCACGAUGCAUACAACCAUGCAUGGAUAUUUUGUCCAUGGACAGGUGGGAUGCAAUUUUGAAGGCUUCUUUAUAGUCCAUGGUAUCCAGAUCUCAGUGUGGUCCUUGGUAGUCCUGGCCGUGGAGAGGUGCAUGAUGUCCUGUCGACCUGGUACUGACAUUCGCUUCCGCCGGAGGUUUGUUGUGAAGGGCGUUGGCUUUACCUGGCUUAUGGCUUUCAGCUGUUCUUUGCCUCCUCUCUUUGAGUGGUCGCGUUAUAUCCCUGAGGGUUUGCAGUGCUCAUGUGGUGUCGAUUACUACACCAUGAAGCCUGAUAUCUUCAACGAGUCCUACAUCAACUACAUGUUCACCGUGCACCUCAUCACCCCGUUGACCGUCAUCUCUGUGUGUUUUGGCCGAUUGCUGUGCACUUUUAACAAUGAUGCGAUUGAUAAAAAUGAAAGAGAUGCCAACUUCUUGACAGUUGUCAUGACUGUGGGGUUCUUCAUCUGCUGGCUGCCAUAUGCUAGCAUUGGCUGGCACAUCUUCACAAACCAAGGCAAUGCCUUUAGUCCCUUCGCCAUGACAGUGACCUCCUUCUUUGCCAAGAGUUCAGUCUUGUACACUCCCUUCAUUUCCAUUUGCAUGGACAAGCAGCUCCGUCAAUGCAUGAUCAUCACUCUAUGCCAAGGAAAGAACCCUUUCGCUGAGGAUGGAGCGUCAAAGUAA